CUGUCAUCUGAGGCUCACCAUUUAAAAGAUGAGAUGGCUGCCAUUUCUGGCAUAUAUGAAAAGAAGGAGAUGCCUGCACCUCAGGAACAACUAGAAGUGAGCAGUUGUGGCAAGAUGAGAACUGAAAUCAGCGGACACAAGAAUUCUCAAGUGGAAAUCAGAUCCCAGAGCAGACAGGAGGAGCUGGAUACCGUACUCCUGAAGAAAGACGAGGACUUAAAGAAUUUAAAACUUCUCAUGGCCCAGAAGGAAACAGAUUUGCAAGAACUGAAAACCCAAAGGACAUUAUCCUCAAUACAGCUGGAUCUAGCCAUGCAAGAGCUUGAGGAGCUAAAUAAAAACAUCCUGAUGUCUCAAAGAAAGUAUGAAGAGGAAUUUUCCCAGCGACUGAAAUUGCAGGACCAGGUACUGCAACUCAAACACCAGCUGGAGCAUCAAAAAGAAAUUUGUUUACAGGGAUCCAAAGAGAUGAGACAGAGGCUUGCAUGGUCAGAAGUUCUCAUACUCCAACUGGAAGGAAAACUCCAGGAAUUGAGCAAUGGGGACUCAGAUUCAAUGGCAAAAGUUCAGAAAAUUCGAGAAGCCAAUGAAGCAGGGGUGAAACAAAUCCAAGAGGAAACUGCAACAGCCUACCAUCAAAAGUUUCUGGAGUUACAAAUGAGGUUACACACCGAUCGAGUCAUGCUGGGGAAAAUGCAAGAGGAGAACCAGUGCCUGAAUCAGCGAGUUGAUAUGCUGACAGUUGAAGUUACGGCAUUACAGAAGAAGCUCCUCUCUGAAGAGGCCAACAACAGUGCAUUCAUUGAAAAGCUGCAGUUGGAACACAGGGGGAGACAACAGCACAUUGGGGCCCUGGAGGCCAGGCUAGAGGAAUUACAAGAUCUUCUUCUAGCCAAGAUGAAAGCACUGGAGGCUGUUGAGGAGAAAAAUCUUUCCCUGCAAAAUGAGAUCAGUUUACUUAAAAGCACGUUUGGAGGAGAAAAAGGAACGGAGGCAUCCCAUUUCCAUUUGGCACCUAACCUGUCAUACUCUGGUCACUCCCCUGUUACCUCAACUCCCAUCAUAGAUGCAUCACCCCAGCCUUCAGAGAAUGUGCUCUCACCACAAUCACUUCAGCCUGCUUCUGCAGCUACUAUGACAACUGGAAUCACAGCAGCACCCAGACUGGCCAGAUCCGCCAGAGCAGAUCCGACUACACAAAAGAGAGUUUUAGCUCAGGGCAGCACUAAUACCGAGUCACCAAAGUGGUCCUGUUCUAGGUCUAGUUCCCUCAGCCUUGACACGAAUACAUUAGGACAAGGUCAGGACUAUUUCAGCUCUUUGUUUACUGACUCAAAGAAGAAUGCUCAACAUCCCGGACCCUUGGAGAGACAGGGAAGGACACCGUCAGCAGCUGAAGACAUCAUCUCUUCUGCAUCCAGGCACAGUGCUAUUGGCAACUUAAAAAUUGCAGAAGUUCAUUCGGGUGGUCAUUUUGUGAAGAUCCUUAACUGUUCCCCUGAUAAAGAGGAGGGCAUUGGGGAGUAUACACUCCAGCAAAAUGUCAGCGGCCAUCCAGUAACAGUAUUCAAAUUCCCACCAAGGAUCAGAAUGAAGGCCAAUUCUACUGUAACCGUAUGGACAGCAGAUGCUAAAGUGCUUCAUAAACCUCCAUCAGAUUUCCUUUGGAAGGAGCAAGAUAGGUUUAAAACAGGCCCAGAGUGCACUACCAUUCUUUGUGAACCUAAUGGUCAAGCUGUUGCUUGGUACACACCUAUUCACUGGAACAGAAAGCAAGGAUGGAAAGAGCGAGAAGAUGAUGAAUACCUUAAGAGCAGCAAAAAGCCAAUUAUACCAACAAAAAUGCAAAGAGAUGAAUGGGAAAAGGAACCAGAGUCUGUGAUAAUUGAUAAAGAACAGGAAGGGGCUGUCCAAGGUCGAACAGAGGAAAGCGGACCGGUUUUCAUUAAAAGAGAAAAAAAGAUCCCAGCAACCCUGUUCCCUACUCAGAAUUCUUGGUGCCGAAGUCCAGCCUCUCCCACGCACCCUCACUUUUCUCUGCUCAGACCAUUAACCAUGGGCAAUGAUGGCAGCAGUCUAUGCAGGCAGUCCAGGUGUCAGUCAGCAAAACCUGACCCAGCACCAGGCACUCUGUAUGCAGGAACCAGCCGGGGCAGAAACACAGCUACAGGAAGUUUGAAUGGAAAAAGUAGAAGGCUGACCCGGUCAGCAGGGCCUAAUUUAGGUGGAGUGAUGUACGUAGGUUCUCCUGCACCCACUGGCUCUGUUCUACAGAAGUACUUUGUCAAUUCACCUUACAUCUUCAGUCUACCAACCCCGACUUCUUUUACACCCACCACUUUCUCUAACUUCUAACACAGGAUCUAUGAAUAGGAGUGUGUGUAGGAGGGGUGGGGGAGCUCCUUAAUGCUCUGCAGCAAAAAUAGUAAUAUGUAGGUCAUUGCUUCAGGGAACGAAGAGAGUAGGUUGUUGAGUGACACUAUAGAAUUUAAAUAUUGUUUCUGUGUAGACUGAUAUGUACCAGAAAGUUUGUUUCACUGACUAUUAUCAUUACAUUUUUUAUUGAUUAUAUAUUUGGAAUA